AUGUUACCCGAAGUCAUCGAAAUUGAUGAUAAUUCUUUCCCCGCUGCGUUGACCUCCUUCAUCAGGAUCACCACACAUGCCAUAACGUCGAUGGACGUGCGCUUCGUGGAAGCCAUCAAGGAUCCAAAGACAAAUGUCCUAAAAGAAAUCACAGUCCAAGGCCACCACCACCUCGCCGAAUUCUCGAGGUGCCCUCGUUCUUCUGGAGCACCGUAUUUGAACCGACGCGUGUCAGAAGCUUCUUAUAUUCCGAUGUACACACAACCCAGUCCACGGUCUCCUGGAAGAAAGCGGGGCAUUGUUGGUCAACGCUAUGAACUGAGAGGGUGCAAUAAUGACAUUCAUAAUCUCUCGCCAUGCCUUAUUAAUCAAUGGGGAUACGAUCCCACAGACAUUGUACAAUUAAUUGAUGACGGCUGUGGCCCCCUGCCAACUAAGCACAAUAUUUUACUUGAAAUGCGCCGCCUGGCAUUUUAUGCAAGGGCAGGUGACUCCAUGUUCUUCUAUUUUUCGGGGCAUGGGGGCCAAGUCCGCGACCUGGAUGGCGAUGAAGUUGAUGGUUAUGAUGAAUGUAGGACUCAGGGCCUUAUUAGAAAGGUUACUGUUGACGUGCACAAAGUCAUAUGUCCAGUCGAUUAUCAACAGUCGGGUGUGAUUAACGACGAUGAAAUACACGAAAUUAUGUCGCUGAUAGAACGCCCGCAGGUAAAGCCGCUGGCUGCUGGCUCACGGUUGACGGCGCUCUUUGAUUAUUUGCCUUACCUUUAUGACUCUAGACAAUGCAAGUGCACCGAUGGCGUUACGCCCGAUGCUCGCAUCAGGAAGCACUCCCAGGCGAAGAAGUUGUAA